UUUUCAGACUAUAAACAGAAUAUCAGGUUCGUUGACGCCAGAUACCCAGGUUCUAAUCAUGAUUCCCAUAUAUGGAAUGUGAGCACACUAAAACAACACCUCGAUCAGAAUUUGCCAACAAACACAUGGAUUUUGGGUGAUGCAGGAUAUCCACUAGGAAGAAAUAUAAUGACCCCAUUUCGCAAUACAGUUGAUGGCUCACCACAAAGGAACUACAACAAAAUUCAUGCUAAAGCAAGGAACUCCGUUGAGAGAACUAUUGGCGUGCUUAAAAGCAAGUUCAGGUGUUUGCUUUCUGCUCGGGGUUUGCACUACGCGCCGGAAAAAGCUAUGCAAAUUGUUAAUGAUUGCUGUGCUUUACACAAUAUUUCUCAGCAUUUCAAAGUUCAAUUUCCCGAUACCAUUUUGAGUACAGAUAACCAACAAGAACCCACACCUGAGGAAAAUAAUUCCGCAUCGAAUGGCGAAGCAGAAACAAUAAGGAACAACAUAAUGCGUUCGUUGCAAUAA